AUGCGGAUGUCACAAGGUACAGGUGUUUUGAGCAAAGUGCCGCUACCUCGCCGAUACUGCAGGGGCAGUUGCUGCAAGAGGAGCAUCAACUGUUGCAAUGGCGCCGCUUGCAAGGCUGCCAAGCCUUCGGCGUCCUACACUCAAGGGGAAAAAGGCACUCAGCCACUCAGCACGCUCAAAAGGCGCUCCAACGCGUGCUUUUCAUCGCCGCGCGGAAUGCAGCUUGUGAGACCCCUUUGGUCACACAAAAAAAUUCAGCGCUUGCUGCCACCCCAGACUCUUACCGGCACGGAGAGGUACUCCGGCGGAGCGUUCGCGUAUUCGGCCUCUGCAGCAGCCUCUGCGUCUUCGUCAGCCGGAGAAGCAGUGGCAAAUGAGCUCUGCCAGCAAAGGAUUGCAGCAGCGGCGUUGCUGGAGCGAUUCGAUGUCUUCGUCUUCGACUGCGACGGGGUUCUUUGGCACGGGAACAAACUGCUGCCAGGCAUCAAGGCGAUGCUGCAGCAGCUGCAGCGAACGCCUCGCCAGAGGGCGAACGAGGAGACCAGCAGCACUGCGAGCACACCUCCAACAGGCAACAAGCAACACAAAAGCGUCUACUACCUGACAAACAACAGCACUUUGAGCCGCAAAGGCUUUGUUGCGAAGCUCCAGACGCUGGGCGUCCCUUGCACAGAGCAGCAGGUUCUAUGUACGAGCUACUCUACGGCCAAGUACAUACGCAAACAGCAAAAGAAAGCCAUGCACCAGUCCAACAAGAGCUCUCGCGUCUACGUUGUUGGCGAAGAAGGCCUCCUUGAAGAGCUGCGCAGUAACGGCAUCGAUGCCUUUGGAGGCCAAGAAGAAGUGUACGAAGAAAUCGACUUUGGGAACGACCCAGAGGUGUCCGUACAGCCCGACGUGGAUUUUGUCGUGGUUGGUCUUGACCGCCGCUUUUCUUACAAGAAGCUGCAAACUGCGCAGCUCUACAUAAAUAGCUGCGGCGCACAGUUCAUUGGCACCAACAUAGAUCCUCUUGGCAACUUUUCAACCAAACAGAAGUGGGCAGGCGCAGGAACGAUGGUGGCUGCAGUUGCAGCGGCCUGCAGAGCGCAGCCAGUCCUCAUGGGCAAGCCUUCGGAGCAAAUGCAGCAGCUUGUCUUGGAGGCUCUAGGUAAGGAUGCUUUAAGCGCAUGUUUCUUGAAGCCACGGGGGCAAGGGAAGGAAGCGUCGUGGAUGUGUCUCGCUAGUUUUCAUGCCCGCCGAUUUGUAUCCACGAGGAGACGACGGAGAGCGUCUGUGCGCAUGGCGAGGCGGCUCGUGGGUGUCGCUCGAGGAGACCGCUCGUCUGGGAUCGCUUUCCAUUGCUGUUUUUCCUGCACAGAAGGCGAAGACUUGAAUCGCGUGCUGGUAGUCGGAGACUCGCUCCUGACAGACAUCGCGUUCGCCGCCUCCUCUGCGCUACAGAGCUGCCUCUGCCUGACGGGCGUCACAGGUAACGAGCAGCUGCGUGAGGCUUUUGCUGCUGCAGCCGCUGGUGCAAGCAGCCACGUAAGCAGAGCUGACGCGAAAGAGGUCGACGGUAAAGCUCGCACCAGCGCCUCGAUCGGCAGCCUGAGCUGCUCCCCCGCUGCCAGGCCCCCCCUUCCCACCUUCAUAAUUGAUACAGCGGCACACUUGUGCCCCCCUUCGUCAAACGGCCUCCUACUCUAA